AAAACCUUUAAGUGUUCUUCGCUUAGUUUCUCCUUUCCAGGAUUUAUCAUCUUCCUCUCGAUCGUCUCAAUCAAUGUUGGUGUCUUCGGCUAUAUGACCUUAUGGGGUGUGAAUCUCGACGCUGUAUCCAUGAUUUCGAUCAUAAUGAGUAUCGGGUUUGCCGUUGAUCUGUCUGGACACAUAGUGUACGCUUUCGUAACCUCUCAUGGUGAUACGAACCAACGGGUCAUCGGGGCACUUGAAGCGCUAGGAUGGCCGAUAUUCCAGGGAGCAUCUUCAACAAUCGCGGGAAUAACGAUAUUAUAUACAGUAGAUGCCUACAUCAUACUUGUAUUCUUCAAAACAAUAUGGCUAACAAUGGUCAUAGGAGCAAUUCACGGGCUCUUCUUCAUACCGGUAUUUCUCUCUAUAUUCCCUGUUGGUUUCUUCCGGAUACCGAAGUCUUCAGAAUUGCAUUAG